CUCAUUAUUUUUUUGAAAAUGGCAAGCAACAGGUAGCACCAUUGGCAUUGGUUCAGCUACGUACAGGAUCAAGGAUCUGUAUUUCACAAAAAUCUAAACUAUUAUGGCUGUGAGUAAUGCCUUUACUCCACGGUACGCUGGUGUCAACUCUGUGACAGAGGAGCCGCUGUUACUGCCAUUGCUGCGUUUCUAGCCCCUAGUAUGUUGUGUGCAAUCAUUCUUUCGUGUUCUUGAUUGUUCUACUGGUUCCAUUUUAUUUUAGUGCGAACUAAGAACUCUUAUAAUAGAGCAACAACCAAGAUGUCGCCUCCAACGAAGAGCAGUUCCUCAUCGUCGGUGUUGUGGAACUUCCUUCCUGGUGCCGCUCACGCCGCAACAACCAUAGCGAUUGGGUACCCCUUCGACACGCUUAAAACGCGUCUUCAGACUGGGAUGUACAACAUACACCUCCAGGCUGCACUAGUAAGUACUUCUACAGAAGUGGGUAGUGCAGCAGCUACAGCGGCAGGGGGAAGAACAGCUACGGUUAUAUCUUCACCAGGAGUGGGUGAGGGAGGUUUCUACGUUGGAAAGUAUUUUUUUGAUUUACGAACAACGUGAUCAGUUGGCGUGGAGGAACACAACACGUCCUCGCAGAGUCGACGCAUAAUUUGUUACUAGUUUGUUCCUUUACAAUUAUAAAAAAAUUUACAAAUAAUACAAUCAUUCGAUCACUGACUCCAUAUUAAUGCAUCACCUGAACUACAGCAUGGUUCGUCUACUACGACAAUCCGUACGACACGAAGGACUAUUGUUUCUCUACAAGGGGUGUGCAGUGCCGCUAACCAGCUUGCUUCUAAAGCGGCCAAUCGAAUUUUUCGUUUACGAGACGCUGAACGAAUCUCGGCCAGGAUCGUAUUUUACAAACGGGGCGCUUUCGGCGGUAGGUGGCUCUUUGUUGGGUUGCCCCUUCAACAUCGUCAAAAUCCGUGUGCAGAACUCGACAAAUCUCACGGUAUUCAAAGUCAUGCUAGAUAUUGUAUUCCUAGGGGCCACUUAGAUACUUCAGCUUCGUCAACAUUUACAUGGAUAAUUUGGAUACGUCAUCUCCGUCAUUAACGCGACUCACUGCACUUAGGUUUACACUAGGUAGUGCAAUAAUUGCAAACACUACAGAUUGCAGCCGCAUUACGCGAAGUGUUUCGACAAAGACCCUUUUGUCUUGGGUUUUUUCAAGGUUUUCCUUUGCAGCUGGCUUUUUCGGUCCCUAGUGCUGGCAUCUACCUAGGGUUGUAUGGAAAAUUGCGGGAGGCGUUGUUGGUAGAAAACGACGGGUUGGUAAAAAGUCGCGGCGUCGCUGGUGGCAUAGCGGGUGUAUGCAGUUCACUCCUAAUGUGGUCGCUUCUAAUGCCAAUUGACACGUUAAGGACUCAUGUACAAGCACAGAGGGGGACGACCGCUGCUGAAGGAGCUGUAUCAGCAGCAUCCGCGACAUCCGCGACUUUAGAUUCUAAUUCCUCUACCACGUCAAACACGGGUAGUUGUACCUCAGCAGCAGCGAAUUCUGCGACGUCAGGUUCAAGUUCAACACGACCUACUUCAAAAGCAACUAGUUCUAGUGCUUCUGCUUCCUCUGAGUCAGUUGAUCAGAACAGAACUGUUCUGAAGAGGCAUCGAGGUCUCUGGGAGAGGUCACGAGCCAUAGAUUCGGCACAGACCAUCUAUCGUACUCGUGGAGUGCGUGGUUUCUGGGUAGGCUUGGUCCCGAUGUAUUGUCGAGCCUUCGCGGUAACCGCGCCUGCAAUGUACGCCUACGAAGCGACAAGAGCUUGGGUGAAUGCUGUGCCUGGGUGAUUCGUUAUUUGCAGGUUCGUUCCUCUUCCCCUUCCCCGCGAAGAUAUUCAUCUAGUAUACAUUGAUGAAUCCCCUCAAUUCCCCCUAGUUUUUGCGCAUUAUAUUUGAUCAAUUUUUCAAGCACAUGGUAAUCCUCCAAAACGACCUCCCUUCAUCUCGAUCUCUUCCCGAGCAUGAUCAAUGCUUUCAUAUUUCGAGAAUCCGUACGCAGCUUUUUCAUAGCGCCGCACAUAAACAAACUGACCUUGAAUGAAACUUUGUCAGAAAUGCUUGCUCACGUACUAAUUCUCAGUACGUUGAUCAGGAAGCUCAUCGCUAAGUCCAACUUCUUGGUUGCUUGGCCGUCAAUGAUAUGCUGCCAGGCUUUCAUUGACACGGCUCCUCCAAACUGUCAUAAGCAAUUGUUCC